AUGGCCCCAAUUUCUGCAACUUUUCUUCUCUUCUUCUCCACAGCUUCCAUCUCAUUUUCUCUGAUUCUCUCUGCAACAAUCAUUGAAGACCUUAACAAUUUGCAACCACCCCCAGACUUCAACACAACACUCACAAACAACUGCCUCCACAACCCGUCUCUCAGAUACUGCAAUGCCACGCCUUUCAACCUCCCCGAGAUCUUUAAGUCCACCAUUGUUGCAAGCCAUUUAUGUAACGAGUCGAAGAACCCAAACUGUGUGGAAUCAUUUCCCAAGAUAGACCUUCGGAGUCGUCCAAAGAUAGCACCACUUUACUUGUCAUUCAACUUCUUUUGGAAGUACUGUCCCUUAACAAUCUUAACCAUUGAUCUGUCCAACAAUUCUCUGAAGGGUAGUUUUCCAUCUGAUAUUUUUCAUUGUUCUCAAAUCCAAGCUCUUGAUUUGAGUCACAAUGACCUCUCUGAGGAUGUCCCAAUACAAAACUUCUCUCUGCUCACAAACCUCACCUUUCUUAAUCUUUCGUACAAUCAUUUCUCAGAGAGUAAGAUUUCUGAUUCCCAGUUCUUCAAACGGUUCAAUUCUUCGAGUCUUCUUCAUUCGGGUCUACUCCCAGAUCACAGAAAGUUCAGAAUCAAGGCUAUACUCUUACUGCUUGGAUUUCCAAUCCUUAUAAUUCUCACGGUGGUUUGCUUGUGCUGGUUGUGUUUUUGGCGGCCAGACUUUCUACCUAGGGUGCUUCAAAGCAAACACAAGUUCACUCCAUCAAUGCUCAAGGCUGCAACAAAUGGAUUUUCAAAGAAGAAUUUGGUAAAUAAGAAUGAAGGGGUUGGUAUUUAUAAAGGGCUACUGAGAGAUGGGACUGAAGUGAGGAUUGAGAUGUACUGGGAACAAGUAUCAAGAAAUAACAGAAGGAAAUUCAUCGAAGAAUGCAAGGUCCUUGUUGAAUUAUGCCAUAAGAAUUUGGUUCAAGUACUUGGCUGGUGCGAUAAUCGAAGAUUGAGGUCCAUCAUCAUCGAAUGGGUAGAUGAAACGAACAUUGAAAUGUGGCUAUCAAGAUCUGCUCCUCCAUGGAAGCAGAGAGUGAAAGUGUUGAUGGGAAUUCUUGAAGGCAUGUGUUAUCUGCAUGAGGAAUGGCCUGAAGUUGGGUACGACCUAAAGACAAGUAGUAUACUGCUAUAUGAGGAUCAAGAACCACUGAUAUCAAGGUUCAAAGUUGGAGAUCAAAACAGUAGCUCAAAAAAGAUCUACAGAUUCGGAGUGUUGAUGUUGGAGAUGAUAACAAAUAGGAGGCCUUGGGAAGAGUUUGAGGGGGGUGAAGCUGGUUUUGUUGAAUGGAUAAGAAUGUAUUAUCUCGACAAUCUGGAAAAUGUGAUUGAUGAGAGAAUGAAGAAGACUGGACAUGUAUUUGAUCAAGCUGCAGCCAGCAUUGAAUUAGGUUUGAAGUGCAUGGAUCUGUCAAAUGGUCGGCAACCAAGCUUGGAUCAAAUCUUUAAUAAUGUGUCAAGAAUUCACAAUACCUGUAUGGCUUCAGCAUCUCCCAAUCUCAAGAGACUGCAUGGACAUAGAGGGGAAGGACACUGA